AUGCCAAUCCCGGCAGAAUGCACGGUAUUAGUAGUCGGUGGAGGACCUGGGGGGUCCUAUGCGGCGUCGCUGCUGGCCCGAGAGGGGUUGAACACGGUUUUAUUGGAAGCUGAUGAGUUUCCGCGAUUUCACGUCGGUGAAAGUAUGCUUCCUUCCAUCCGCCAUUUCUUCCGAUACAUUGAUUUGGACACCAAGUUCAAAGAGCAUGGUUUUACCAAGAAGAAUGGCGGCGUGUUUAAAUUGAACUCAAAACCAAUAGCCUACACGGACUUCGUCGGCGCCGGUGGUCCUGAGAACUAUACGUGGAAUUUCCUGCGAUCGGAAUCCGACGAUCUCAUGCUAAAACACGCGGUCAAGUGUGGUGCCAAGGUCUUCACUCCGGUUCGAGUCACAUCCCUGCAGUUUGCGCCAACUGGAGCCAGGGACAACUCGGCGCAGUCGACUCCUGAUAAUGCCAGCCAUAGUUUGGGGCGACCGGUGUCUGCAACGUGGGCUUCGACGGAAGACUGCGGAGCCAUUCGAUAUAAGUAUCUGAUUGAUGCCACGGGGCGUUCAGGAAUCGUGAGUACGAAGUACAUGAAGAACCGGAAAAUGAACACGGCGUUAAAAGACGCCGCAACCUGGGGAUACUGGGAAGGGUGUGGCGUGUUUGGCGAGGGAACGCAUACGGAAAAUGAUCCAUAUUUUGAAGCCAUCAGAGACGGCAGUGGCUGGAUCUGGGCAAUUCCACUGAAGGAGAUGGUGUCGAUCGGGGUAGUCAUGAAGCAAGAAAUUGUGGUGGCCAAGAAACGAGAACGCCGCUUAUCACCUUCACAGAUCUAUGUCAAUUCAAUUGAGAAUACCCCAGGAAUCAAGAAUCUCCUGGAGAAGGCGGAAUUAGUUUCGGAUCUGCAUUCCACGGCUGACUGGUCGUAUAAUGCCACAACAUAUGCCAGCCCGUAUCUGCGAAUCGUCGGCGAUGCAGGAUGCUUCAUUGAUCCGCUCUUCUCGUCCGGGGUGCACAUGGCCUUGGUGGGAGCUCUGUCCGCUGCGGUAACCAUAUGCGCGGCGGAAAGAGGGAACUGUGACCAGGCCGUCGCAGCCGAUUGGCAUACGAAAAAGAUCGCUGAAAGUUAUGCCAGGUUUUUACUAAUUGUCGCCAGUACCCGCAAGCAGAUUUCUAGUCGCGAGGAGCCGGUGUUGAAUGAUCCGGCGGAGGGAAGCUUUGAUCGCGCAUUCCAUAUAUUCCAACCCGUAAUCCAAGGUGCCGUCGACGUCGAGGAUGAGAGGCUCAACCAAGAGGAAGUCGCCAGGAUAUUUGAGUUUUGUGCAGAGGAAACAUUUGGCAGUCAAACCGAUAUCGAGAAGAUGGCCAAAGACGUUGGGUUGCCGCCAGAGACCGUCGAGCGCUAUCGGGCUAUUCUUCUGGAGAACAACGGGCCGGAUACGAAUGACCUCGAAAAUGAGGCCUUGGAUGGGCUGAGACCGAACAUGAAGCCAGGAGCGCUGGGACUGAUUCAUGCGUGCUGA